AUGAAAAGCAAACUAGAUUCCACAAAUGCUGAUGGUGAAGCAUCAUCGAAGCGCCACAAAUCUACCGCCAGUUUAGUCUCAACGACAAAAAGUGAGGCAGGGGAAGCAGGCCGCGAUCGAUCGGGACACACAAGCAAUGAUGCAGUCCAAGAGCGAAAGGAAAGAAGCAAGGGAUCGCUUUCUACUGCAGACAAUGAUUGGGCUGAAGCUGAAAAGUCGGGAGACGACUCACAAAGCUGGACUGCCGUAAAGAAGGAUAGAAAUCGACUCAAUGCCCAGAGAGGUCGACAAAAACAGCAAGCGCAAUUGAAGUUUCUCGAGCACGAACAAAUGAGAUUUUCGUCGUCGAAUGCUGCUCUGCAGUACCAAAACAGUCACCUCAAAGAUGUAAUUCAACAGAUCAAAAAGCAACGCGAUUCCUCCAAGAAAAAACACCCUGCUGCUCCAGAUGGUGCUGGCACACCAACUACUGAACUCAAUACCAGAUUUCCUUCACAAAAGACAGCGCCAAGCAUGCUCAGUCAGCAACAACUCGCAACAUUGUUGAUGAGAAAUGGUAACACAACAAGAGCCAUUGCAAAUGUCUUUCCACCUAGACAAGAGUUGCCAGCAACAUCGCCGUUGCUACAACUGGGCGCUGGUGCUGGGGGCAAUAUAAGUCAUGCUUCAGCUUCUUCUUUUGGAGGAAGUUCAGCGCCAAAUUUCUGCUGUCAGGUUUUCAUGUUGUACAGUGCAUUGAACCCAGCUACCAGACAAAUUUACCAAGGCGCCUGCCACCAUCCUUUGUGCCGAAACUAUCGGAUAUAG